UUAGAGCUUUAUAUGCAUACUUGAAACAAGGAGCGGAUAGUGACAGACGUGCCGCUAUAAGCCUAUCUUUGUAGCCGCCGCCAUCGAUGGCCCCGUCUUUCCCACGGGGUUGCCCCAGAGUUUCAAGUCUUAGUCGCAUUGAUCCCGUCUUAGGGGGCUUUCCCUCAUCUAUCGACGCCUCACCACCUCGCAGGGUUCAUGUAUAACUUGCGAGUCGUGUGGCACCCAUGGUCUUCGUCCUACGAAGUGGCUAGUAUCUAGAUCGAGAUUGUCUAGUUCACUUAGCCUCGAAUUUCUCCGUUGCAGAGCUAUAGUCAUGAUCUCUACUAUGAACAGAAACUAUAAAACAGUUAGAUGCUCUCACUCACAUCACAUCAACAGUCAUUGUAAUCAAUCCCACAAGAGUAACUCUAUUGUUCAAUCUACCCCCUUUCAACUACCUUGGUUCUCUUUAGGUUCAUCCUUUAGACGGCACUAAGCUUCAAACCCACCAACCCCUUUAAUAUACUCAUCACAUGUGUAUCGUUUGCUGUAGUGUCAAACGAACCCCAUUUACAAUAAAAUAUGGUUGAGAUCCAGAAACUUGAGAACGUCGCAUGCGACGUUAUCCAGCGGGUGAAGGAAAUCCCAGAUCUUAAACAUGCGAAAAUAUCAGUCAUCGGUGGGCUGGCAUUAUGCCACUACCUUCCAGAAUAUCGCUCAACAGAUAACAUCAAUUUCAUCACCAACAUUUCGACUUCGCCGAGCUCCAUGAAGAAGAGACUGCUAGAUCGACCGGGGUCGCCUUUCUUUUUACGGUCACAGGCAAUGUUCUAUAACUGCCCCAGCGGCGAAGCUGUCCGAGUUGACAUCAGUCCUCAGUGGCUUGGUCCUUAUCUCCCAGACUCCGCUACGACGGUUGAGGACAUCGAGCCCGACGAAAUCCCUUAUAUCUCAUUAACCGACCUCAUUGUUUUCAAGCUCGACUCGAGCGGACUUCGCUCAAACCCUCUCAAAAAGGACCGUGACGCCCGUGACGCUGCAGCCCUAGUCGAUCUCGCGGUAAAUGACGGCACUAUGGAACUUUCAGAGAAGCAGGAGCAGGUUGCCGAGGAAGCGCUCUGUGACGUGAGCAAGUGUGGGCCUAAGGAAAAGGACUGGUGGGAAAGAAGUAUGGGCUUAAGGAGAACUUCUACUGGUAACGGAGAGCCUGGGCCCGCUAGGAAGAACUGUCGUCCACAUUCGAAAUCUGACCCUUCGCCGACGAGAACUCCCGUCAACAACGACCCCAAUGCCUCAUGGCAUUACGACAGGGCCGAAUAUGUGCACACCGGACGGUUCAACCUGUUGCAGAAAGGCCAGCGGAACAAGAAAAUUCCCUCUGCUUCCAAGGGCAGACCACGUCUAGCGGAGCGUUCCAGCUCGUGGAGGACCAUGAGGGACAUGAAGUCCAUGCUGACGCUCACGCCCAAGACCAAGAACAAGAAUGUGCGCAGCGCGGAUCUGUCGCGCGUGGAGAGCUACGACGACCAAUACUACACGCUGGAGCCCGGAGGUAGCCCGUACGAGCAAGGGAAAACCACGCCCCUUAACGGAAAGGCGGGAACGGACGAGGGGUACUUCAACUCGUCCAAGAUUCCGACCGGUCAAGUGGGCACGGUGACGGAGCACAACCCUGUAUGUGUCAGGAGGACAAGCAAAACGGAAUAUUUCGAUAUUUCGCCCCCGGAUGGCCCGAGUGUCGUUACGAAGCCACCGGGGUUGAAGACGAGUAUUUCGUUUGUUCUCUAGUAUGAACAGGAUUGUGGAGGAAAGAAUCUGGGAUGUUGGUUACAUGUUCCCCGUGGUAACUUUCUCAGAGUGAGAUGAAUGAUGUUUUACGAAGUUACAUGAUACAAUACUUGACCCAGCCGGAAUAGGUUUCGGGUAUCUU